GCGGGCGGGCGGUGGCCUGGCGAUGCGCCGCGCCCCGCCGAGCCCGUCCCGCCGCGCCAGCUGAGCCGGCUGCAGCAGCGCGGCCGCGGCCAUGGGCACCCUGGGCAAGGCGAGAGAGGCUCCGCGGAAACCUUCCCAUGGCUCCAGAGCUUCCCCCAAAGCAAGACUAGAGGCGAAAACAGCCUCCCUCCCUUCCCAUCCCAGCCUGGUCCAGAUCACCCAGUUCCGAAUGAUGGUGUCCCUGGGACACUUGGCCAAAGGAGCCAGCCUGGAGGACCUCAUCGACAGCUGUAUACAGUCUUUUGAUGCAGAUGGAAACCUGUGUCGAAGUAACCAACUGCUGCAAGUCAUGCUGACCAUGCACCGGAUCCUCAUCUCCUCUGCGGACCUACUCCAGAAAGUGAUGGCCCUCUAUAAAGACGCCUUGGCAAGGAACUCUCCAGGGCUUUGCCUGAAGAUCUGCUACUUUGUGAGGUACUGGAUAACAGAAUUCUGGAUCAUGUUCAAAAUGGAUGCCAGCUUGACAAACGUCAUGGAGGAAUUUCAGGAACUGGUGAAAGGAGCUGGGGAGGAGCUGCACUGCCGCCUGAUCGACACAAGUCAGAUCAAUGCACGUGACUGGUCCAGGAAACUUACUCAAAGGAUCAAAUCAAACACCAGCAAGAAGCGGAAAGUCUCCCUGCUCUUUGACCACCUGGAACCAGAAGAGCUGUCUGAGCACCUCACCUACCUAGAGUUCAAGUCCUUUCGAAGGAUAUCCUUCUCUGAUUAUCAAAAUUACCUUGUAAAUAGCUGUGUGAAAGAGAACCCCACCAUGGAACGAUCCAUUGCCCUGUGCAACGGCAUUUCCCAGUGGGUACAGCUGAUGGUGCUCAGCCGCCCCACCCCCCAGCUCCGGGCAGAAGUCUUCAUCAAGUUCAUCCAGGUGGCUCAGAAGCUCCACCAGCUGCAGAACUUCAACACGCUGAUGGCAGUGAUAGGUGGGCUGUGCCACAGCUCCAUCUCCAGGCUCAAGGAGACCAGCUCCCAUGUUCCACAUGAAAUCAGUAAGGUUCUGGGAGAGAUGACUGAGCUGCUGUCCUCCUGCAGAAACUAUGACAACUACCGGCGAGCCUACGGGGAGUGCACCCACUUCAAGAUCCCCAUCCUGGGGGUGCACCUCAAGGACCUCAUUUCCCUGUAUGAAGCCAUGCCCGACUAUCUGGAGGACGGGAAGGUGAAUGUCCACAAGCUGCUGGCCCUGUACAAUCACAUCAAUGAGCUGGUCCAGCUGCAGGAGGUAGCCCCACCACUGGAGGCCAACAAGGACCUGGUGCACCUUCUCACGUUGUCCCUGGAUCUCUACUACACUGAAGAUGAGAUCUAUGAGCUUUCCUAUGCCCGGGAGCCGAGGAACCACAGAGCCCCCCCACUAACACCAUCAAAGCCACCGGUAGUAGUAGACUGGGCCUCUGGAGUAUCUCCCAAACCUGACCCAAAGACCAUUAGCAAGCAUGUGCAGAGGAUGGUGGAUUCUGUCUUCAAGAACUACGACCAUGAUCAAGACGGGUACAUUUCUCAGGAAGAGUUUGAAAAGAUUGCUGCAAGUUUUCCCUUUUCCUUCUGUGUGAUGGACAAAGACAGGGAAGGCCUCAUCAGCAGGGAUGAGAUAACAGCCUACUUCAUGAGGGCCAGCUCCAUCUACUCCAAGCUGGGACUGGGUUUCCCUCACAACUUCCAAGAGACCACCUAUCUGAAGCCCACUUUCUGCGACAACUGUGCUGGAUUUCUCUGGGGAGUGAUCAAACAAGGAUAUCGAUGCAAAGAUUGUGGGAUGAACUGCCACAAACAGUGCAAAGACUUGGUGGUAUUUGAGUGCAAGAAGCGAGCGAAGAACCCAGCAGCUCCUCCAGAGAACAGCACCUCUGUGGGACCAAUGUCCAGCCUUUGCCCACUGGGAACCAAAGACCUACUCCAUGCACCCGAAGAAGGAUCUGUUCCAUUCCACAAUGGGGAGGCCGGGGGACACAGUGAGGACAGUAAGGACCGGACCAUCAUGCUGAUGGGAGUGUCCUCACAGAAGAUUUCUGUUCGGCUCAAGAGGACUGUCGCCCACAAGACCACCCAGACUGAAACGCUGCCUUGGAUUGGCAGUGACAGCUCUCCUGGGCACUUUGUGCUCUCUUCCCCAAAGAAGACAGCCCAGGACACCCUUUAUGUGCUUCCCAGUCCCACGUCGCCAUGCCCCAGCCCAGUGUUGGUCAGAAAGCGGGCUUUUGUCAAGUGGGAGAAUAAAGAAUCCCUAAUAAAAUCAAAAGAGGAGCUCCGUCACCUCAGACUCCCAACCUACCAAGAAUUGGAACAGGAAAUAAAUACCCUGAAAGCAGAUAAUGAUGCCCUAAAGAUGCAACUGAAGUAUGCACAGAAGAAAAUAGAAUCCCUCCGGCUUGAGAAAAGCAACCAUGUCUUAGCACAAAUGGAGCAGGGGGACUGAUCUUAGCCCCGAGGCUCCAGGCACCACGUGGACGAGCACCCUGGACACCUUUUCCAUGCCCACAAACAGACACCCAGGAGUCUAUGGAAUGGAACUGCUGAUUACUUUCAAUCAGCUGACUCAAAGGGGAGGAAAGCUGAAGGAUGCAUUCAUACUAGAGCUUAUUUUUCUGGCACUAAUGCCAACAGUGUGCUAAAGCAUGGCUGUAGUUUCCUCACAGGUAGCAUCUCAGGCGGCCUGCCUGAUUCUUCCUUUGAACUAAAAUUCCUGGAAAAUGAAUUUGCUUCCUUCAGGUUUUCCUUUGUUCCACCCAAAGGCUUAUUUAUAAUAGAAAAAAAAAUCCAUAUUCCAAAAAAAAGAGUGACUUGUACAGGCCAGCAUUCUUUGUGAAUCUGGUUCCUUCUUCACUACCUCAGAGCUAGUCAAUUCACCUCUCCCCCUUCUUCCUCACUACACUCUUACAAGAGCACAUUGACCUAGAAGUGAACUUCUAGAGACACAGCUGUGGCUUUGUAGGGCCUAUUGAAUGCCAUUAUCCCAUUGCAGGUCAACUCACGGUUCAGUCUUAAAGUCGUCAUAAAAUAAGUAAUCAGAUUUAAUACCCAGAAACACAGCAAUUACUGUCUCACACAUGACUGGCUAAUUAGCUAAAAUAAACGUAACACAAACAUGUUUGUCCUCAUCUGUUCUACAGUAGAAAGAAUUAGGAAUUCAUGGCUUUAUUAAACAGUCUGUGAAGAAUGUUUAACUCUUCAUGUUCCAUCUUUAUUUUUUUUUUUGAAGUAAAUUAUUUCUGAACAGAUCUGUGCUUAAACUCUUUACUAUUGAUACUAUUUAGAAAUAAGCUAAGGGGAUCAAUAUCUUCAGUAGCUGACAGCAUGUUCAUAUGUAUAUAAUAUGCAUAUACAAUAUCAGGCAUGCAAAUGACUUGGAAUUUCCCCUUAUAAAAUGGCGUGAACUGAACAACUUUAGCCAUUUACACAAAUUCAUAAGUCUAUAGUUGUUUGGAGAAAUUGCUUAUGAAGUAAACUGUAUUGUUUUGCAAAUCACAAGUAAAAGUCCUGUGAAUAUUCUAUUAUGAAGGUUAAUGGUAGAAGGGUUGAUUUGGUUGCCUGGGCAACCACUGAGACUCCAUUGUUAGUCUCUUUUUAGUUCUCUUAAAAAAAAGUAUGAUCAUUUAAUUGGGGGAAGACUUAGCUUCCAUGCUUGAAAAGUCUGGCACCAUGCUGACUUACAAUUCAUAUACAAGUUGACUGACUGCCAAGGAUAUAAUCUUAAUAAAGGAUGUUCCUCACCUACUGCCAACAGCACUUCUUCGUAAGAUUGCAAACUAGACACAAGUGUUGCCUCCUUGGAGGAGAGACCACCUUCCAUUUGCAUACCUUUGUGUUGAGUUUUAGUGACACACAACUAGCUUGUAGUUAAUGAUUCCUUAAAUUCUGAAGAGUCACACACUCUUCCUAAAUCUGUAUGCACAAAGCACGGCUGCUUUAGUCUGUGUACACCAAGUACACACACUCAGUAGCACUCUCUAUUUGCUUUCCAUGGAACAAAUAAGUUAAGAGAAAGUUUAAAAUCUGUAUUCUUCACUAUUAUUUUCCUCUGACAUAGACCCAAAAGAGAAUACAGCUUAAUGUUUUUAAGGUCAUGGAACACACAAAUUUUUUUAUUCUUCUUACUUUUCAAAAUGAGGACCCCAAGUUAGUUUUUAUGCAAAAAAUCUACAGCAUAAAGGAAUUCAAAAGGUCAUAGUCCCCUCAAAUUAUCUCUGCUAGAUGAUGCCAGGCACUGCCAAGUUCAUUCCUGAAAUGACAGGCAGAAGUUUCAUCAGAGGUUUUACCAUCCAGCAUGGACCAAAGAAAUACUGGUAUUAUUCACGUUGAGCUCCAGGGGCUAAAGAAAUCUACAUACACAAUCACAGACAAGUUUCUGGAUUAUCAAGCCUAGGAUGCAAACUUUACAUUGACUCAAAGUAAGGACAGAUCUUAUUGUACUAGAAGCAGUGUCACUUCUCAUUUUUGUUAACUGACUCCUUUUUACUGACAAUUUGUGAAUUUCUGUCUAAAUACGUAUAAUAUAAACUGCAAGAAAAAACCCAAAUGUACAGAUUGUAAAGUCUUUUUGAUAUGUAAGUUUGUGUAAUAUUUAUAUGAUAAAAACAUUAGGAUCCCUACCACAGAAAUGUCUUGUGUGUCUUCACCUUCACCUGAAUGUUUCACCAUAAUCCACAUUGAUUCCAUUCCCCUAUUCUACUAAACAAACUGCGUUUCGCUGGAAGGAAAAGCAAACCUACUAUUACUCAGUUUACGUUUUUUCUACUUCCUUUUUUUAGCAUGAAGAAGUAACAGUACAGAAAUACCCAAUCUUUUCCCAUCUUAUUCAUAGCAACGUUAAGAGUGAUCCCCAAAUACUGAGUCUAUACAUAUUUAACACUGAAGACAAACCAGGCAUGAUGGUGUACUCCUGUAAUCCCAGCACUCAGGAGGCAGAAACAGUAGGAUCAUGAGUUCAAGACCAGCCUGGGCUACAGAGUGAGACCCUGUUUCAAAUACCCCCUUCCUUAAAAAACAAACUUGAGGUUGUCAUUCCUCUGUGGCUUUCAACUUUAAUUCCACAGUUCCAUCUAAGCAAAGAAAGAUAAAAAUAGUAGUGGCUCAAUCUUGUGUGCAGACCACUCAGCAGUUCAUUCAUGGUCAUGAUUAUUUAAAGUGAUUUAGAGACUGUCAUGAUUUUCCCUUAACCCAGCCAAUUGUUUUGUUAACCUGACCAAUAGGGGGUGGGGAAGGUUGUCCUACCACUCAAAUUCUACUGUGGAAUGCAUUCUGGUACAUUAGGGCAGGGGAGCCUCUAUCAUUUUGGCAAGUCAUAAUAUUUCAUACAAAAGAAUGAAGUCAUAUAGACAACAAGACCCAAAGGAAAGGUUAAAAACUGUCUCCUCACCUCACCCAGUGUCCUCCCUGGUCCUUUCCAUGGACAUACAGCCCCAAUGCUCAGCCCAUCUUCUGGCCAUAAAUUGUUUUCAGAUUAUCGUACUUUUUUUUUAGUCACAAAUCCAGGCAAGUAAAAACAUUUUCGGUUUAAAAUUUGUUUUUUCUCUUUAAUGAGGCAAGAACACUGCAAACAGAUUCAAAGAAAACCCCCAUUUCCCUUCUGAUGAUGGUUGUGGGUGACUGUAUGGUGAUUAUGUAUGGAUAGGACAAGUGCUCUUUACCAGCUCAAAAGAAAAGUCAUGACUACUUUAACUCAGAAUUCCUCGUGAGGCCACUCUAUAGGAGCUACUAGCUGCCACAGCUGGACAAAGACAGGGAGAAGGGAAGAAAAAAUGUGAGAAUAGAAAAACAAGGAAAUUGAGAACCAGGCAAAAGAAUGAAGAGGAAGUAUCAAACAGUGUUAGGCUUUAGGAAGCACUAAGAUGACACGCAUCAUAUUCCACACUUAUGCUGCCCUCAAGCUAUAAACGUCUCCUCGUUCUGGCCUUUCACAUGAAGGCCCUAAACCACCUUACCGUUACCUGAUGUUGCUCAGCAAACUGUUCUGCAAACAAAUGUCUACUGAUCAAAGAUUAUCAUAAAAAUGCCACGUGAGAGGAAAGAAUAAGAUGUUAGGGUUGGAUGACUAGGCCUUUUCUUUCUUCAAUGAGGGUCACAGGAACGUGUAAAUACAUCAGUGCUUCCAGCUCUGCCACGAUUCCAGAAGUGCUUGACUUAGCUGAGAUUGACAGUGACUGCAGUAGGUAGCCCAAAUAGUACUCCUACAAGGAAUAAAACUCUUGGGGAAACUGAUAAACUAAUGCUUCUGCAAUAUUUACCAUAAAUCUUUAGUGUUGAAGUUAAAAGUAUAUAGGCCACACUGGACCCUUGUGGCUCAUGCCUGUAAUCCUAGCUACUUGGGAGGUGGAGAUCAGGAGGAUCCUGGUUCAUAAGACCACCCCCUCAUCUCCAUAGCAAAAUGGACUGGAGCUAUAGCUCAAGCAGUAGAGUGCCUACUUUGAAAAUGCAAAGCCCUGAAUUCAA